AUCAUUCUGAGCUGCUGCUGCUUCUAAUGGACACAGUCAUAUGUAGAAACGCUCCUCCAUACAGGAAACGUAAAAGACAGACAUCUGCAAAAUCAGCCUUCUCAGUAGCAUUAUGGAGCGUGGCUUUGAGCCAGCAAUGAGGCUAAAGCUGAUGAAUGGAGCAAGCUCCACGGCACAGCCCCAGCACAAACCGCAGCAGAGAGAACAGUGGGCCAGUAAACUGGAGUUUUUCCUGGCCGUUGCAGGACAUAUUAUUGGCCUGGGAAAUGUGUGGAGAUUCCCUUAUCUGUGUUACAAGAAUGGAGGAGGAGCCUUCUUUGUGCCAUACGUCCUCUUCCUGUUUUCCUGUGGGAUACCACUCUUCUUCUUGGAGACAUCAUUAGGCCAAUACACCAGCCAAGGUGGCAUUACAUGCUGGAGGAAGAUCUGCCCUCUUUUUGAAGGACUUGGCUACGGUAGCCAGGUGGUGGUCCUGUAUACUGGAGUCUAUUACAUCAUCAUUCUGGCCUGGGCGUUUCUCUACCUAUUUUCCUCCUUCAGCUCAGAACUCCCAUGGGCCAGCUGCAAGAAUAGCUGGAACACAGAGCACUGCGUUGAAUUUAGUCAGAGCAACGUAACUGAAAAUAUUCCAGUCAAAGUGACAUCCCCAGUUAUGGAAUUCUGGGAGAGGAGGAUUUUGGGUUUGUCUGGAGGGAUUGAAGAGAUUGGUAAUGUGAGGUGGGAGCUGGCUCUGUGUCUGCUGCUGGCCUGGAUCAUCUGCUACUUCUGCGUGUGGAAGGGAGUGAAGUCUACUGGCAAGGUGGUCUAUUUCACUGCUACCUUUCCUUAUGUGAUGCUGGCAGUUCUGCUGGUACGUGGACUCACGCUGCCUGGAGCCAUUAAUGGUAUCAAAUUCUAUCUGUAUCCAGAUCCUUCACGCCUCACGGACCCUCAGGUGUGGAUGGAUGCAGGUAGCCAGAUAUUUUACUCCUAUGGAGUUUGUACAGGUGUUCUGACAGCUUUAGGAAGUUACAAUAAAUAUGAAAACAACUGUUACAGAGACUGUGUGUACUUGUGCUUGCUAAACAGCAUGACCAGCUUUGUAGCUGGUUUUGCCAUCUUCUCUGUGCUGGGUUUCAUGGCAGAUGAACAGGGAAUGGACAUUUCAAUGGUGGCAGAGUCAGGUCCUGGUCUGGCAUUCAUUGCUUACCCACGUGCAGUGGCCUUAAUGCCUUUACCUCAGUUAUGGGCAAUUUUCUUUUUCAUUAUGAUCAUUUUCCUUGGAUUGGACAGUGAGUUUGUAUAUCAUGAAGCUCUGGUAACGGCGAUCUCGGACAUGUAUCCCUCCUUCUUCCAAAUUGGACACCGGCGUAAGAUCCUGCUCCUCUUCAUCUGUGUGGCCAGUUUCCUCGUUGGCUUGCUGAUGGUAACAGAGGGCGGUCUGUACGUCUUCCAGCUGUUUGACUAUUAUGCUUGCAGUGGAAUGACUCUCCUGGCCUUUGCCAUUCUUCAGUCCAUCUGUGUCGGAUGGGUUUAUGGUGCAGACCGUCUGUACAACAACAUCGAGGACAUGAUUGGCUAUCGGCCCUGGCCACACAUGAAGUACUGCUGGAAAUAUGUCACCCCUAUUAUUUGCACAGGGACAUUUGUCUUCUCCUUGGUUAAGUACACCCCUCUGAAGUUCAACAACAUUUAUGAGUACCCUUGGUGGGGCUAUGCCAUUGGAGGCUUCUUCACACUGUCCUCCACCCUGUUGGUGCCUUUGUGGAUGGUGUAUGCGGUUUGCAAAACUCCUGGCUCUAUGAGGAAGCGAAUGAAAACCCUGUGCACCCCUGCUGAAGACCUGCCUAAUCCAAAAUCUCCAAAGAAAGGGCUCUCUUCUAGCACGUUUGAGACUUUCACAGAUCUUCAGACCUUACGCACUGUUCACAGACACACUCCAGCAGACGUAUAAACACGCUGUGAUACAUGAAGGAACAUACAAACACACACACACACUCCAACAGAGGCGCACUGUUACAUGGUGGACAUUUUCAAAAUGGCCCGGUAUUCGCUGUCAUCCCAAUCAUCUUUACCAUCUUCACUAUCUUCAUCACAAGCAGAAAUUUUGACCAAGUCAUCUUCGAUUUCUGUUUACAUGCAGUGUUUACUUGUUACCCUUUCUAUGUUAACAUUUUGAACUGUUACAGAAAUGUACACGGUUACAGAAAAAUAGUGGCAUGAAUAAGCUAUGUGUACAGAACUGCAGAGCUGAGAUACAGUUAUAUAACUAUACAUUAUACAACUGUAUGUUGUAUAAUGUACAGUUAAUGCCAGUGCUGAUAAAGAGGUGUUAUUUUUUAUUGACACCAAUGCUUAUAUUUAUACGUGAUCUUUAUGGAUCAUUCUGUUGCUAUUUUUCAAAGUUCAAUCUUUAUCAAUGCCUGUAUAGAAACUUUUAAAAGUUUUAAAAUGUUUUAUGAUUCCAUGGUGUGGAUUUAUAUGGAAUGUCCGUUGUUGCAUGUGAAUGGUUGUAAGUUUGUAUGUCUUUACUCAAAUAUAUAUUUUUUAAAGAUUUCUAAGAGACACAUGUACUUUAAAUAGAUGAGGUUCCCAAUUUGAACAUAAUAUGCCUUUACAAUAACUACUGUCACUGUUGGUUGAGAUUGGUCCCUCUUUGGAUACUGUACAAUAAAUAAAAUUGUUUUAAUGUUU